GGCCACACCUGAAGAGAAAAGAAACUCGCUCAAAGAUCGCCAAAACGAUCCGUCCGUAUCUUUCAGCCGGUCAGCACAGAAGUCCGACAGACCAAGAACUCAAAAUAAACCAACUAGUAAAGCCAGAUACGAUAGCAGCAGUAGGAGAAGGGAGAGGGAACAAGAGGAAAUGGUGGACCCUUUUUUGAUGAAGGGCCUGCUCCAGAAUACUGAGAGGGUCCGGCUCAUGAUGCUCUUGCCCGCCUGCCUGCCCGGGUGGCCAUCUCUUCUCUUCUAUUCUUCUGUGGAGGUGGAGUCAAUUCCUGGCAAGAUUUGGAGCAAAUCCGCCCCGGAUCUUGCUUUCUCCAUGCGCUGGGAUUUUCUUAGUCAUCACGCCCCUUUCCUCCCUUCCUUCACUUUCCAUCAUAUCUCCUGGAUCGAAUCCUUUCAUGUGCCUGUAUGUAUAUGUACCAACUCAACCACACCCACGCCCUUCAAAAGGCAAGCAAAGCCUCUCAUGCCAAGCACACAGACCUCCCUGCUUUUAGUUUCCUCUACAACUCUUCCGCUCUGCAGCUGCUCGUAGCAUCCUCCUCCUCCUCCUAGUCAGGACUCAGGAACAAGAACACGAGCAGGGAGUUCAGAUCAGCUCUCUUGUUUCCUCCAUGGCGAUGGCCACAGAGACCCCGUUCCAUGUCCUGGCCGUGGACGACAGCCUCCCGGACAGGAAGCUCAUCGAGAGGCUCCUCAAGACCUCUUCCUUCCAAGUCACCACUGUCGAUUCCGGGAGCAAGGCUCUGGAGUUCCUGGGGAUCCAUGGCGAGGACAGCAGCCCACCAGUUUCCGUUCACGCAGACCAGCUGGAGGUUGCGGUGAACCUGAUCAUCACAGACUACUGCAUGCCUGGCAUGACGGGAUAUGAUCUGCUCAAGAAGAUCAAGGAAUCAACAUCUCUGAGAGAUAUCCCAGUGGUGAUCAUGUCGUCCGAGAACAUUCCUUCAAGGAUCAAUAGAUGCCUGGAGGAAGGAGCGGAUGAGUUUUUCCUAAAACCAGUGCGGCUAUCAGACAUGAGCAAGCUGAAGCCCCACAUACUGAAAAGCAGAUGCAAGGAGCACUACCACCAGGAACAGCACCAGCAAAGCGACAGCAACAGCGACGAAUGCAGUAACCCCACGAACAGCAGCAGCAGCGAUAAAAGCAUCAGCCGCAAAAGAAAGGCAGAAGACAGCGGAGAAGUUUUGCCCCAGAAAAACAGAUCAAGGCGCAGUUAGCUGCAAACUGAUUAUAGGAGAAUUAACACCCUCUUUUUUUCUCUCCCUUUGUUCUUUGUUUUACUUAGAUUUUGGCCUACUGAUCUGUAACACAGGCGUCGACCCUUCAUUUGCAAAAUAUUAUAGACUUCUUGAACAGAAUCAAGUGAUUCUGCAACAAA